AUGGAUAGUGUGCGCACACAAUUACUUAAUUCCUGUCCUUUGCCCUUCAGUGGUAACAGUGGAGACAUAUUUUUAAAAGCAAUUAUGGGCGUUGUAGCAGCGCAUUGUUCAAUUUUCGACGAUUACCAAUGGCCACCUGACAACGCCAAUGAAAUUCUCCUAAACACAGAUGCUUCUUAUGACUUUAUUAUCAUCGGCGCUGGCUCUGCAGGGUCCUUGGUUGCUGGCCAGGUAUCAAAUAUGAACAUAGGAUCUGUAUUACUUGUGGAAGCAGGAGAUGAUCCUGGCAUAGAUAGUGAGGUACCCGCAUUCCUUUUUCUUAACCAAAACUCCGACAUAGACUGGAAUUACAAAACACUUUCUAGUGACAAUAGCUGCUUAGGUUUCGUCAACAAAAGCUGCAUUUGGAGUAAAGGCAAAGGAAUGGGUGGAUCGAGCUCUAUCAAUGCUAUGAUCUAUGUGCGUGGUCAUGAAACCGAUUAUGAUACGUGGGAGGAGUUGGGUAAUCCAGGCUGGAAAUACGAAGAUCUAAAAAAAUACUUCUCCCGACAAGAAGAGGAUUUUGGUUUUUCUAAUGUUAUUUUUGAUAAAUACGAAAAUAAAUGGUAUGAAGUGAUCGAUCAGGCUUGGGAAGAAAUACAGUAUACAUCUCACAAAUACACAGGCGACGAGAGUUUAAUAGGAACAAGAAAAGCAAAAUUAGUUACAAAGAAUGGAAAACGUCUUAAUACUGCAAAAGUUUAUCUGAAAAAUUCUAAGCAAUUACAUAUUAUGAAAAAUUCGUAUGUGCAAAAAAUAUAUUUUGAGACAACAACUAAAAGAGCUAUAGGAGUCCAAAUUAAACAUAAUAAUGACAAAAUUAUAAAUGUUAAAUCUAAAAAGGAAGUUAUACUAUCAGCUGGAGCAGUUGCUACUCCAGAUCUACUCAUGCGAUCGGGAAUAGGUCCAAAAGCACAUCUUGAAAGCUUCGGAAUCGAAUGCCUAAAUGAUUUAGAAGUUGGAAAAAAUCUCCAAGAUCACAUACUUUUUCCAAUAUUUUUGAAAACAAAUCAAAAUGAUACUCUUUCUUCUGAAAAUAUUGUUUUAUUCCUGAUGCAGUAUAUGCUUAAUCGAAGUGGACCUUUUUCCACAAUAGGCAUCACAGAUUUUACAGGAUUUAUUGACACUAAAUACUCCAGUGACUAUCCGGACAUUCAGUUUCACUAUACAUAUUUCACGAAGAAGGAUACAUUUACAUUGAAAUCGUAUCUCGAAGGUAUCGGUUAUAAUCAUGAAAUAAUACAAGCAAUCGAAGAUAUAAAUAACGACCAUGACUUAGUUGGAAUAUAUCCGACAUUAUUACAUCCAAAAUCUAGAGGGAGUAUCUUACUUUCUGACUCUGUAUCGAGACCUAUAAUCCAAACAAAUUAUCUUCAGCACCCCGAUGAUAUGAAUUCGCUUAUAAAGGCGGUGGAAUUCGUACACAAGUUAGCAAAUACUACAUCUUUUAGGAAAUUUGGGAUGGACAUAUUACCAUUGCGUAUAAGCAGCUGCAAAACAUAUUCUUUUUUCACAAGAAAUUAUUGGGAAUGCUAUAUAAGGCAUUUGGCUACCACCAUAUACCACCCUGUUGGUACUGCCAAAAUGGGUCUAAAGGAGGACAAAUCGUCAGUUGUCGAUCAUAAAUUACUUGUUCAUGGAAGCAAAAACCUGCGAGUUGUGGAUGCCAGUGUAAUGCCUUUGAUACCAAGUGGAAACACAAUGGCACCAACCUUAGUUAUAGCACAGAAGGCAGUUGAUAUUUUAGUCUCGAAACAUAAGUUUAAUGAUGAAUUGUAAUAACAUACUUCUCUCUUCUUCUUCAUACGGGCGCUUUCCGCAACUCGACGUCAUAUGCGCCUAUUUUGCGUGCGAGGGUGGUAGAGGCUACUCCAACCAGCCAAUAACAUACUUACAUUCAUUUUUAGUCAUGAACAUCACUUUUAAUCUAUUUAUCAUACGGUUUUAUUACAUAAGCACAAACAUUUCAUCGACGUUCAUGUCAAUCUGUAGUCGUGUAUAUGGUAAUAAUAUUCACCCAAUUACAAUCAUAUAUCUAGCCAUUAGAACGUUAUUACGUUAGUAAAUAAGACUUUUUUGUAAUGUAAAGAAACUGUUGAAAUAAGACUUUUUUGUAAUGUAAAGAAGCUGUACUUCGAAACCACAUAUAUAACUCCCGUAUCCUGAUAAUACAAGCAUUAUAUAUCUAUCUCUUUCUAGCUCAUUACUCUGUUUCCUUGUUUUAAUAUUGUGUUAAUGGUUAUAUGGUACAAAUAAGUAAAAUCUCGGUUAAAUAUUCGCCACAUAACACUUUAACUUGUUUCUUAAAUUGUACCAAGCGAUUGCACGUUUCAUAUGGAAAAAUUCAGUGUACCUAUCUCUUUUAUUUUUCAACCACUUUUGCGGAAACAUAAUCACAUCAAGUUGCAUAAUUUGUUCAUUAACCGCAAAGGCACAGAAAUAAUUUACAUUUAUCACAAUCGGUAAUAAACAUUAAAACGGUACCUUAACAAUUUUCAUCAAUAU